AUGGCCGAACCACCUGCUACCAACUCGGGAAAGAUACUCAAAGUCGGGAUCAUCGGCUUGGGAGAGGUUGCUCAGGUCUCUCAUAUUCUGCUCCUGAACAACCUGUCGAGCUACUUCCAGAUCACGUACAUCUGCGAUGUCUCGCAGCAGGCUCUUGAGCACUGUAGCAAGAGGGUCGCCGGAGCCACCCCCAAGACAACUUCGGACCCAGACGAGCUGAUCAGGUCCCCUGAUACCGAUGUCGUGGUGGUCUGCAACGUCAAUGCCUUCCACCCGGCCCAGGCUAUCCUAGCACUGCAGUGCAACAAGUACGUGCUCGUCGAGAAGCCGCUUGCCAUGAACUACCGGGAUCUCGACGCCAUCAUUGCCGCAGAGAAGAACUCGGAGGCCAGGGUUUUUGUGGGAUACCAGAGGCGAUAUGCCGAGGCGUUCACGGAUGCCCUGAAGGAAAUCGGCACCAUGGACAAGAUUGAGUACAUACGAGUCAGGGACAUUAUUGGGCAAAACAGCUCCUUUGUCGGCCAAUCUGGCACGUACCCCAAGAGGUUCAAGGACUAUCCUGCGGAGGCUGGUGCAGAGAUGCGGGCGGUGGAGGAGGAAAUGGUCAAGAGAGCUCUCGUUGACGAGUACGGUGUCGAGGCAACACCAGAGACCAUGACUAUGUUCAGGCUCUUCACUGGACUCGGUGUCCACGACUUCUCCGCCAUGCGGGAGAUGGUGGGCAUGCCCUCGCGCGUCGUAGGCGCCUCCCUCGGACUGCCCAUCUGGAACGUGCUGUUCCAGUACGAGGGCUUCCCCGUGUCCUACGAGUCGGGCAUCAUCGACGUACCUCGCUUUGACGCGCACAUUGAGGUCUACUCCCGGGAAAAGAUUGUGCGCGUCGACUACGACACCCCCUACGUGAAGGGUCUCCCCGUCACCAUGACCAUCAGGGAGAAGAUUGACAGUGCCGGGGGGGAAGGAUACCAGGAGCGUAUCGUCAGGAAGACCUACGAGGAUCCCUUUACGCUCGAGUUUUUGGAGUUCCAUCGCUGUGCGACGAACAAGACCGCUCCCAAGACGUCGGCUGCGGAUGCCCGGGAGGACUUGGACCUCAUCAAGAUGAUCUUGCAGGCUGCCCAGACCUAG